AUGUCCCCCGAUCGUCGUAGUACGACUGCAGACAAAGACUGCCCAAAAUGCAAAAGCAGACGCAUCAACUGUGAUCGGACUGCACCAGAGUGCAAAAAGUGCACUUCUAGGGGCUUUAAGUGUCCUGGCUAUGGGCUCAUCUUGAAAUGGGGUCAAGGAGUCGCCAGCAGAGGCUUGUUGACCGGGAGCGAGCUGCCUGUCAGAGAUGCUACCUGCCGCUCUAGCGUCCCGCCAGAACCAUCACCGGUGAACGAGUCAAGUCAAACUGCGAAACUUGAGCAGAGUCUCAGUGUAAUACCGCACGGGCCGAACCCUAAUAUCAACCCCAUGACGCUGCAAUUAAUGCACCAUUUCCACCACGUCGUCUCCGGUAAAUUAGCUUGGGUAGACGGCCCAACGAACCCAUGGCGACAGGUGAUUAUCCCCCUUGCCUGGUCUUCAGCAACAGUACUUAGUGCCGUACUAUCCCUAUCAUCUGAAGACCUCGCAGCGAAAUUCUCGCAAGAUCAUCCUCGCCGCCACCAGUUGCAAAGACUCUCCCUACGUCUUCGGAGCGAAGCCUUAACAUCAUUAGCAAGUCAAAUCUCCCAAAUGAGACAAGACGAUUCCUUAACGAAUCUCAACCCAAUCCAAACACAAUACGCACUCGCCUCAACCCUCAUCCUAUAUAACGUGGAACUACUCGGCGCUCAAUCUGGUCAAUGGCGAGUCCAUCUCCAAGGCGCAAGAACAAUCCUCCAAUGGAAAGAACAAUCCUUCCCUCGCACGGCUUUAUCCGAUGAAAUCGAUUCAUUCCUCUUAUACGAACAAUAUUUUGCCAGCGUCUUCGCCGGACUCACCAGUUUCGACACACCGCACGAGACUGAAAAAGAUAUCCAACUCAUCGACGACACGGCUGUUCUCAGCGAUUUCAUAAAUAUCAUGAACCGACUAACGCGCAUCGAAAGACUUCAAUACAACCAAAGCUACGACGUCGAUCCGGCUCUCCUCGGAACAUUAACCCACGAACUGGAUGAAGCGAAAAACCGGAUGGUCCAAUUAAGCGAAAUAUUCCAAUUCCAGACCGAAGACGCAAAACAAAGUUUCCUACAUCUUGUCAAUAUCUUCCAUGAUGCGAGUUUGAUAUACAUGUAUCGUGUAUUGACGAAUGACCCCGCAGUAGAGGAGAGGCUUCAAUUGUUAAGAGAUGCAAUUCUUGGCCAUUCGCAUUCCCUUUCUCAGAACGGUUCGUUUGCGAAUGAUCUUGUAUGGCCACUUUUUAUUGCGGGGACGGAGUGUCGAGGGGACCAGGAGAAACAGGAGAUAGUCGUGAGGGAGCUUGAAGUGGUGAUGAGGAUUAGUUGGAACUUGGAUCGACGGAAGGUUUUAUCGUUCUUAAGGGAGUUCUGGGCUUUGGAGAGGGAAGGCCAGGUAACCUGGAUACAAUAUAUGAGGGAGAAGGCACCUGGUUCGACGAUAAUGAUUUUGUGA